AGGUUGAAUACCUAGCAGUGCAAAGUAUGAUGUGGGCCAGAAAACACAUAAGUGAAGAGGCAGAGAAUCCACAGUCUCCUUCUGCCAAAUCUCAUUGCAUCAUCAGUCAAUGACUGUUGCCUUCAUUGAUCUUUGAUAUCUGUACUAUGGCUUGCAAAUUGGGAACUUACAGUUUUCCUCAAAGAUUGAAGCUGCUGCUAAUUAUUGUUAGUCUUGGCUCUAUUCUUACUUGGAUAAUAACUCAUAAUAUCCAGGACCUAGUGUGGGAAGUGAAUCCACAACCCUUGGCACAAAAAGUACAAAAAUUGACUGGAGUUCAGAUGGCUUCAACAGGUCCACACAGAUCACAGCCAGUGUCCCCAACUCCAACAAGUCUUCCAUUGUGUGCUUUUCCAUCACCUUACCUACGUGGUGCAACAGCAUUAAAAUUUGAUGCACGGCUAACCUUCGAACAAGUUCAGAAAAGCAACCCAAAAGUGCAGGAAGGGAGAUAUAGACCUCAAGAAUGUCAUGCUGUUCAGCGUGUUGCUAUACUGAUUCCAUAUAGGAACCGGGAAAGACAUCUUCUCUACUUGCUUGAGCAUUUGCAUCCAUUUCUACAGCGGCAGCUUCUGGAUUAUGGGAUCUAUGUCAUUAAUCAGGCUGGUAAUGGAGUGUUUAAUCGAGCAAAGCUGUUGAAUGUGGGCUUCUUGGAAGCACUGAAGGAACACCAGUGGGAUUGUUUCAUUUUCCAUGAUGUUGAUCUUGUACCAGAAAACGAUUUCAAUCUGUACCUUUGUGAUCAUGAGCCAAAACACCUUGUUGUAGGCCGGAAUGCUACUGGAUACAGGUUGCGCUACAAAGGGUAUUUUGGUGGAGCAACAGCAAUGACCAAACAGCAAUUCACCCGAGUCAAUGGAUUUUCCAAUCGUUAUUGGGGAUGGGGUGGUGAGGAUGAUGACCUUCGCAUAAGGUAA